AGCCACUUUCAAGGCUCACAGCCGAAGCCAGUGUCCCCGUCUGUUCCCUGAUUUGCCUUCCUCCUUUGCAUCAAGAUGGUUAACGCUGUGGACAACAAUGACAACAACGAGACCAACGAGGGGAACGAGCCUGAGGUGCCGGUCACCGAGGAGGUUGAAGGAGUCAAGGCACGGCUGCCGACUCAGCUUUCAAGGUUGCCAACUGACAAGCUGCUGAAGGUGCACCAGGCUCUGGUGGAGCUCCAGGAAGCGGGGCUCAGCGAGGUGCCGGACCUGAGUUCGCUCUCCAAGGUCGUCAAGAAGAAGACAGCCGCCAGUGACACUGCGAAGCUGCCUGAUCAGGAGCAUACCUCCGAGUACAUGGGCAUGAGCCUUUGGGCGUGGACGCCAAAACGUUGGUUCGAGAGCAUCAAGUCUAUGGACAAGCUCGCCGGAGCCAAGAGCGAGGAGUCCGGGAACAACGAGGGCGACCAAGUCCCGGCGAUCGAAGACACAGUGCAGGCGAACUUCGAACGCAGGGUCGCAAAGUUUGAGACACUGAACGAUGCAAAAGUGGUUGAUUCUGAAAAAAUCAACAUCGAGAAGCUGCGGGCGUGGUAUGCAGUCAUGAAGCAGGCUGACGCAGAGCUACGAUCCAUGGCGACCAUGGAUGGAAAGACCAGUGGCGAUGGCUGCGGCGUGCUCUUUGAGCAGAUGCCCCCAGCAAGCGGCCCCCGCUUGCUGCCCAAGGUGAAGGUUGGCGGCACGCAAAGGGAUACUGGCCGUGGCUUUUCUAGCGGGGCUGGCCUCAAGGCGAACCCGGCGCAAUCGGUCAUUUCCGUGCACUUGGGCGGGGGUGGCUGCAAAGCGGCCAAAUCGUGCUGGCAGCACUACUUCGCCGAACACCAGCUGGACUCCAACGGCAAGGGCGAGUUCUAUGGCAGCAGCAACACCCUUUUCGCUUCAAGUACCACCGGGAGGUACAUCCCCCGGGCGGUCAUUGCAGGAUACGAUUCUGAACAAGUUGACGCGGUUAGCCAGACUGGUAUGUUCGCUCCUACCUCCAUUCUCACCGGCAACAAGCCUGGCACAAGCUGGAACGACGGCCAGGGUGAUAGUGCAUUCUUGGAAGAGAUCACCGAGUGCGUACGCCGCCAGAUGGAACAAGCUGAUUGGGUGGAGGGCUUCGUGUUCAACCACGAUGCUUCUGAGGACCUCUGCACCAAUGCCAUGACGGGAAAGCUGAUGUCCUCCCUCUCUGUCGACUAUGGCAAGAAGAACAAGCUGUCCUUCAGCUGCGUCCCGGACUGCAUGCAAGAAGGCAGUGACUUCCAGAAGGGCACAGCGGGACUGAUGGCUGACUCCUUCAUCGAGUAUAUGGACCUAGUGGCAUUUUAUGACAGGACCUCGUUGAAGAAGAUGGCCACGUCGAAGGUGAAUGGCCUGGGAAUUUCAUCACCAGACGAGACCAGCGAGAAUUCGCUCCUGGCGCGGCUGGUGGGCGGUGUGUUGGGCCCUAUGCGUUUCAGCCGCGCGGUCACCGCCUAUGAAGGAUCGCGCACCUCAGCCUUGGGAUCUUACCUCACCAACCUGACCUGCUAUCCCCGCAUCCACUUCGUCGUGCCUGCCCUUGGCGGCGUGGUGGCGCAGGGCAUGGAGGACUUCAGCAUCGGCAAGCCGGGGGAGAACGCUGGCGCAGAAGCUGCCACCGCCGCACUCCGCCGGGGGGCUCUCAGCCAAUCAACCCGUCAGCGCAACGAGACGAAGCUUAUUGCCUAUUCCAUGUUCUGCCGUGGCCUCGAGCAGUCAGGUGCUGUGGCGAAGGUGGCGGACAUCAAGACGGACCGGGCCUUCCAGUUUGUGGACUGGUGCCCCACGGGCUUCUCCAUCUUCAGCUACCACGACCCCAAGGCCCAGGCUCCGGAGGUGGCGGUCCUGGAGAACUCCACCGCGGCCGCGAAAGUCUUCCAGAGCUUUCAGUCGGCCAUGGACAAUGUGCGUUCCGAGCUUGAAUCCCAAGUCGAAGGCGGCCAAUUGUCGGAGAUGCAGGAGAACCUCGCAGUCCUGUGCCGAGACUAUGAGGAAGUCUCAGCUGAGACUUGCGGUGAUGAAGAGGAGGAGGAGGACGGCGAGGACUACUGAGCUCCGGUUUAAAAGGAGCCUCGCAUUAGCACGGCCGUGCUUUUGCGUGGGAUCCGCGCCCGGCUUCCCAGAAGUUUGGAGCUCUGAGGGUAAACUUGGACCACGUUAGACCUUUGAAGCCUUGUCCGCUGGAGUGUGCCAUGUGUAAAAUCGCUUGCACACUGUUCUGACUUGCUCCCACGGUUUUCCCGAAUGGGAAGAACCUGGGUGCCGGGCCUUUGCAGCGUUUGCUUUGCACCUCCUGACUGCCGAUUGGCAAACGGUGCAGCACAUCGU